UGUGAUUUAAAGGUGUUUCCGGUGGAGGUAAUAGUUGAGUUUUUGGCUCGUGUUGUUGUUGCGUUCUUCACUUACAGCCAAAAUGAGCUGCUGUACAAGAGUAGCUGCUCUGGGCGACCACACGCUUUUCUCUUCGGUUAAACCGCGGACUGUCUGCCGCCGGCUCCUGUACACAGCGCGGUUCCUCAGCCGGAGUCAGUGCCCAGCGGCGGAGCACUCUCCGAUCUCGGACCCCGGUGAGAAACCACGGCUGAGAGCCAUUGAUCUGGCCCAAAAGGUCCGACAGGAGAAGGCGAAGAUUCGGACUCAGACGGAGCAGACAGAGCCUCCGGCGUCCGGCUUGCAGCAGAGAGUGAUGGAGCUGAAACGGUUCAGUAUGCAGCUGCAAAACGUCCAUCCAAACGUGCUGGCCAAACAUCUGCAUAGAAGCGUGCUGUACCAGGAUAAAGAUGUGGUUAUCAUCAACAAACCCUACGGCGUACCUGUCAGAGAGGACUCUGGAGUCACGUCCAUCACCUCUGUGCUUCCUGUUCUCUCUAAAAUGCUGGAUGGACCGAAGGUGAAAACUGACUCUGAGCUGCUGCCCUGUCUGGCUCUGGAGAAGGAUUCAACUGGAGCUCUCCUGCUGGCCAGGAGCGAAGCAGCGGUGGAGCACAUCCUCGCCUUGAGCAGAAACAACCAAGUGGAGAGGAGAUAUUGGGUGAUCACAGUUGGUGUUCCUGUUCCAUCUGAAGGGCUGAUUGAUAUCCCCAUCAUUGAAAGAGAAGUUGCAGGUCCUAGGCCACAUUUUAAGAUGACUCUCAGUCCGAUUUUCCGAAUGAAUGAAGCCGGUGAUGGCGUGACCAAAGUGAGAAGCCACCGUCAAGCCCAUCCUGCAGUCACCAAGUACAGAGUCCUGGACAGCAAGUACGGCUGCAGCCUCAUUGAGCUCCAGCCUUUUUCUGGGGUGAAGCACCAGAUGCAGGUACACAUGGCAUAUGCUCUGGCUUGUUGCAUUCUCGGAGAUCACAAAUAUUCCCAUUGGAGCAAACUGGCCCCUCAGAUUUUACCAGAACGUGUGCUGAAAAAGCUCGGACUGGAGCAGACCAAGAGCCGGAACCUUCCUCUUCAUCUGCAUGCGCGCCAGCUGGUGCUGCCGGGUCACAGCCAGUCUGAAAUCAGCGUGUCCUGCCCCCUGCCCAAGUACUUCAUAAAAACACUCAACCGACUGCAGUUAACAUUUCCCGAGGAGAAAGCUGAUAAAUGAUCCCUUCUGUGUCUACAGAGAGCCGGCAUUUAUUGCAAGGCUGCUGAAUAAAGACGAAAUAACCAUUUAAAUUAAAUGGGGACCUAAUAUGAA